AUGUCAUCAGUGCACUUACCACCAGCAUUACGUUCAAAUGCUGCAGAUCAUCAGUCCACCGUACAAAAGUUGUUAGAUGAAAAUUCUCGUCUCAUUGAUAUUAUCAGGGAAUAUCAAAAUCAGAGUCGCGCCGAUGAAGCCAUCAAACAUCAGCAACUGUUACAUCGAAACCUCGUGCAUCUUUCCAAUCUCGCAGACCCCUUCCUUCUAAAUCAAUUAAGAGAUGACUCUUCCCCACAAACUGACUCUCCACAAGGUUAUGCAGUACCGCCUAAUCAACCUGGAUCAUCUGGGCCUCCCCAUCACCGUCAACAGCCACAGUCUCAGCACUCUCAACAGAACCAUCAUCAGCAACUUCCACCAGCAGCUCAUCAUCAUCCUCAGAUGAUGCCGCCACAGUCUGCGCCAAGUCCAAGUGGACCUGGUGUGCCAAUGCAAUCAGCUCAUGGAUUCGCACCACCACCAAUGAAUGGGCCCCCGGAUAUGAUGAAUCACCAGGCAUAUCAAGCACAAUUGCGAGCUCAGCAACAACAGCAGCAACAUCAGCAACAAAAUGGUCCACAACCACAGCAAGGCUAUCCACCGUUUGGGCAGCCUGCUCCGCAAAUGGGAGGACAACGAAUGCCUUAUCCGUACCCUCCACAAGGGAUGCCAGGAUAUCCAGGAGUUCCUCCACCCCACGGAUAUGAAGGAUACCCACCGCCAGGAGCUCAACCACCACAAGGAUACAUGCGUUAA